CGAGACCUGAUUAGCUUUGUUCUACAGCAAACAUGGCGAGGAGCAGGAACGGGUACAAUGGAGAUUGUGCGGUUCGAAAUAGGAAUGUGGGAACAUGGAUCUUAGCUGUUCGGCGUCUCUGGCCGAUUCUUUGUCUCGUUGUUUCCGUCAACCCAUGGCUAGUUGUGAGUUGGAUGCUUUGUGACGCCUUUGCCUUACCGGUACCGGCUUUGGUUGUCCGCCGACAACACCGCUCGUGGCCUGGAAAGACGGUGCAAAGCAUUGGCAGUAUUUUCACCAGCAAAACCUUGUGGAAGGAGAGUGAAGGAAAGCGAUCGCCACCAACAACCACGUCAUCCUUCGUCUUUUCUCGUCUUGGCAACGAAAGCACGGGCAGCGAUACAAGAAGGAAAAGCAACAAUGCCACUAAGCAUAGCAAGCAACGCUCUGCGUCGACAGCCGGUUCCAGGGGGUAUUGUCCGAGGUGCAAGCGACCCAACGUGGUGUGCAUCUGCCAUGCAUUGCCGGAUGAACCUAUCGAUUGUGGGACGAGAAUUCUAAUCCUUCAGGUCAGUACCAGUGCAAUGCCGAGUCAUACUCCAUUGCCAUCUGCUAGAAGCCGAUAGAAAGAACGCAAACGCAACAAUUGUGUUUCAACUCUUUACAAUAACCAAGGCUGUAUAAUGAAAGAUAAUAAUAUCUUUCUGCGGUCGAAAACUAACGAUUUCUGUUAUCAUACCAUCUUUCUGCGGUCGAAAACUAACGAUUUCUGUUAUUCUUUUUUCUUCCGACGGAACGGUGAAUUCCCACCCAAACAUACAAAUCUGAACAAACCGAACCAAAACAGCAUCCACGCGAAGCCAGAAAGAGAAAGCGUACCUCGACGGUACCUCUGAUUGGUCUUUCGAUCCAAAACGUCGAAAUUUGUGUCGGGACCAAAUUCGAACGAGGGAGCCAUCCUCUCUUGGACGAAGCCUUGGACAUGGCGAAAGAAAGCAGCAAAGGAAACAAUAGAAAUUCACACGUCAACGGCCAUGCUUUGUUGCUCUAUCCCAGUGAUGGAGCUCUUCCCUUGCAGAUGUAUCUCGAAAAUGCCUUGAGCACGGUCGACAACGAGGAGGAUCCGGCCGUGACAGAGAACGAUGUUCAAACUGCUAUCACCAGCGCAAAGAACGAUGGCAACAGCAGGAACAGCAACAUACUGGUGGUGGUGGACGGAACCUGGGCACAGACGCAAUCUAUGGUACAAAACUCAAACGACCUGCUCUGGAAGCUACCCCGCGUAAUGUUCGACGAAACAACCAACAGCCUGUUCGAUUCACUCCGGCAGGAACCCGCCCCCCACUGCACUUCCACUCUCGAGGCGGUGUCCCGAGCGAUUCGGCUGCUGAGUGGAUCUCCCGCGAGUGCAGCAGACAACGAUUGCACCGGCUCUAGGGGAGCCGACGCACUGGAAAAAAGCCUCGAGGCCAUGGUCGACGGGCAGCUUCGGUUUGCCCUGGACGACGAGAACGCCCGGCCCAGGUACUACCGGAAAAACGAAACCGGGGAGGGAACGAAACCCGUGUCCAAACGGGAGGCGGGCCGGGCGCGGAAACUGGUGUCGAAACGAAGGCAAACCAGCCUCAGCCUUCCAAAAGCGAAAUCGAAGGAGGAGAUCGAGCUCGAUCGGAUUCGCUUUGUGUACAUUGCGCACAUGGGAUGAUCGCUCGAAGCGCCGAACCAAGGUGCAACACGGAAAGGUGGUUUCGGCCAUUCUUUUUCUCCGAAGUUCUCUCGAAGCAGCAAGUCGUAGGCCCCAAGCAAUCACUGAGCAACACGUCCAGUCCACCGAUGAUUCAAUUCGAACAGCGGCGAGUAGAGAUUCAAAGGUUCGGGUCCUUUUCCAUCAUAGUCCCAGAUACAAACUAGCGAACGAAUGAUUCACUUUCCGAGGCCAGAUCAUUCAGUGAGAGGAGUUCCUGCGUUCGAUGCGCUCUUGCGGUGGCAUUGGUACAAACGGACGCAAAACGGACGCAACAAGUCGAACCGCAGGACGAACGAGAUUGCAGAACGUGGUGAUAGUUUCCCUGCAAUGGCACGCACGACCACAAAAUUGCAACCGAGAGACACUCGAUAGAUUGUUACGGUCUCUGUAGCUCGCUUUCUUUCCAAAAUCCACGACGCGAAGCAAAAUAACAAGCACUUUUGCCAUAAAGUAUUAGAAGAAUU